AUGCUCCCUGCAGCUAGUAUCUGGUGCCCAAAUUUUGCUGUUUUGCAAGAUAUAAGUAAUGAGUACCUUAACGAAAAUGGUGUAAAUUUGGACAAGGGUGCUAGUUUUUAUUGUUCAAAUUUGGUAACAGUAACAAAAAUUUUAAUUGGCAUUUUUGAAGUGCGGAAAACCUCAGUCAGGGUGCCACAGAGAGUAGAGAAGGCUGAUAAGUACAAGGACUGUUUUCCGUCGCCGCAUAUUGGUUUCAAAGGCUCUCCAUAUUCAAACCUAUUACGUUUUCUGCGGAAGGUAAUGUGCUUUGUAUUCCGUCAAGGAGUAAUAAUGGCAAAUUAUCAAAAGAUACGUGCGAAGCCUUCAUGGACAUUCCGUGGCUCUUUUAACUCGCCGAAGACUAAUUUACCGUCUUCGUCUCUAGAUUCCACUUGCCCUCAGAUUCUCCUCGGAAUUGGAAUAGGGCAUGUAACAGCUAGGGAAUUGUUAAGGCCUGUUGCAGGUUCUCAGUUGUAUUUCAUUCGCCUAGUGAAUUAUAAAACACCAGCUACCAUAAUGCGCUCUGAAGAAGGUCCAUAUAUUUGCCAGUCGGAUCUACUUACCUGUCGCGUCAAGCGAACACUCCUAAGCUGGAGAGGAAGGAGGAGACACACCGGGACGAGUUUCCCCAAGCUGGGGAGAAUAAAAGAGAUUGAAAUGGACCCGACCGGACUUGAGCAGAUCAGCUAUUGCGAAGAUAAGGCUGGCGGGGAUCGAGGUAGGCGGGAUGCCAACCCCGCCCAGAGCAGAACGACUAUUUAA